AUGAAGGCACUUCCUUUCGUUUCCAUUGCCCUUGUUGUCUCGGCCAGCGCUUCACUGCUCAAGAGAGACGCAGGCUCCACCGCCUGCUCGGAUCUAAAGGGCCGGCUCGGCUCGGCCAAGGUUGCGACGAAAUUGGAGCUCGAUUACACUCGGAGCAAGACAGAAUACUUCAACAUCGUGCAGAACAGUUACAGCCCAUCGUGCGCGGUGUUUCCGACCUCAACAGAAGAUGUCGCGACUAUCCUCAAGUCGGUUCGAGCAGCCGGUUCGCGCUUCGCUAUCAAGACGGAAGGACAUAAUCCCAACACCUUCUUCUCCAGCGUGGACAAUGGUGUUUUGAUCGACCUCACCCAGAUGAAUGAGCGAACUUACGACGAGACGACGACACUGGGCACCUACCAACCAGGCGGCAAAUUCGGCGAUAUCUACGAUUACUUCGCUCAGUUUGACAGAACGGUGGUCGGGGCCCGUCUCAGCGGCGUGGGUUCCGGGUUGGCUCUUGGAGGCGGUUUGAGUUACUUGUCGAGCCAAUACGGCCUCGCUGUUGAUUCAUUCCGAGAACUCGAGGUCGUCCUACCCAGCGGCGAAGUCGUGACGGCCUCGCCCCUCGAGAAUGAAGACCUUUUCUUUGCCAUGCGUGGUGGUGGCGGCAAUGCUUUUGGCGUGGUAACGAAGUACAAGGUCCAGACGCGUCCGAUUGGAAAGCUCUACGCUGGCAAUCUGAUCUACCUCUUCAACCAGACGCAAAACGUUUUGGACGCCAUUGGCAAUUUUACGUUAUACAACGAAGAUCCGAAGGCCGCCAUCAUCGGCACGUAUGAGAAGUUGGGCACUCCCGCCUUGGGAUCCUUGAACCUUGAUGAUGCUGCAAUCUUGUUUUUGGUUUAUGACGGCGAUCAGUCGGGCGCGGAAAAGGCAUUCGGCAACUUUACCUCGAUUCCCCAUCUUCUCAACACCCUGGGUACAAAGACAUACAAGGAGGUGGUUAACAUGCCACUACCUAACGGUGCGGAGUUGUCUCGUGGGAAGAACCAGUUCCGCAACGGAGUGUAUCGCAUCCCAUUUACUGGGAGCGAGACGGGCAACGCUUCGAUGGAUAACGCCUACCGCGAUGUGCACACGGCUUGGACAAAAUGGGCCGCCGAGCACAAGGGUGCUUACACGCUAUUGUCCCUUGACUAUCAGCCAAUUCCCAAAUCACUUACGGACGCCUCGAAGAACCAGAACGGUGGCAAUGCAAUGCAGAUGCCUGAUGGACCGUGGUUGUGGCUUUGCUUCCUCCUGCAGUCAAGCCCCUUUCUCACUAGCGGCCAGACGGCUGACAUCGAAGCUAGUUUCAAGCGGAUGGUAGAGAGCGUGCCCUUUGCGAAAGACCUGCCACUCUUCAUCAAUGAUGCACAUUACGACCAAGAUCCUCUCAAGACUUUCACUACCUACGGCAAGCUGCAGGAGAUCAAGGCCAAGUAUGAUCCGCUCGGUUUCUUCACGAAUUACACUGGUGGCUGGAACUUUGAUGCGUAG